AUAAGAGAAUAUGAGUGUAAUGCUUAUCUUCACUGGCUCUGGAGAACGAAGUGCCCGAGCUUGGUUUUCAGAGCGAUCUCCUUGAGAUCCUGAAACCCCUGGGAGCUUGGGUUCGAUUGCAUUGAAUGCGCUGACGUCGCGCAGCAGCUUGUGCUCGUAUAUGUUCAAAAUACUUCAUUUCUUAUCUCCCUGAGAUAUCUCACUAACAUUUCAUGGAAGCAUGACUGUCCAGGCGACACUGCAGAGACUAUCAAAGGUCAUCAGCAGAGCUCCUCUAGCUCUGGCUCCUCAGCGACUGGAUCGGUUUGUGCAAGCACGCCACUAUGGGAUUGGCAAGAUCCCGCAGAGUAUGGUGGAUGCUCCAGUUGAGAGAAUUCGAAAUGUCGGCAUCAUGGCGCAUAUUGAUGCUGGCAAGACCACCACAACAGAACGUAUGCUCUUCAGUGCUGGUGUUACCCGACACUCGGGAGAUGUAGACAAAGGAGAUACGGUGAUGGACUACAUGGAGCAGGAGCGUGCACGUGGCAUCACAAUCACGUCAGCGGCAAUCAGUUUCCCAUGGAAGGACCAUCGCGUCAACUUCAUUGACACACCAGGUCACGUGGACUUCACUAUGGAAGUGGAGAGAGCACUGCGUGUACUGGAUGGUGCUGUGGCCGUCUAUGAUGCUGUCAAAGGCAUUCAGGCACAGAGUGUGACUGUGUGGCGUCAAGCACAGAGGUACGAUGUUCCCUGUGUGGCGUUCAUCAACAAGAUGGACCGGCCGAAGGCAAGUAUGACCCGGACAUUGAAGCACAUGGAGACUAAACUGAAUGUCACCCCGCUUGUCCUGCAGCUACCUCUUGGAGUCGGGCCGGAGUUUGUUGGUGUUGUUGAUCUCCUUGAUCUUCAUGUUACCAAGUGGCCGGGAAAGGUGGAGUGCACCGAUUUUGAGCGUUAUGACCUCACCCAGUCGUCUCAUGAGAAAGACUUGCUAGAACAAGCACUGGUGGCACGGCAGGAAAUGUUUGAACAGCUUGCUGAGUUGGAUGAGGCCUUCAUGGAACACUAUCUGUCAGUAGGAGGCGAGGCAAGUAAAGUCGAAGUUGACAAGGCAAUGGCCGGUGUUAGGCGUGUGGCUGUCUCGCGGUCUGGCUUACCCGUCAUGUACGGCACGGCGUUGAAGAACCGAGGUAUCGAACCGGUCCUGGACUCCAUCGUCAAAUACUUGCCAAGCCCGACAGACCUUCAGAAGAAUGAAGUACCGGACUAUGCGAAAGACUUCUGCGCAUUCGUUUUCAAGAUUGUACAUGAUCCAAACCGUGGCCCACUGGUAUUCAUGAGGGUGUAUUCUGGUGAAGUGAAGGUUGGUGACGAGUUCUACAAUAUCAAUCGGCACUGUGUUGAGAGAGCACAGCGUGUCAUUCUGAUCUCUGCUGACGAGUAUAGCGAGGUUUCCAGCAUCGGUGCAGGCAACAUUGCUGUCGUCACUGGUCUGAAAAAGGCUAUUACUGGUGAUACAUUAUUAUCUAAAGCAGCCGCUGGCGACUUAGUCUCCACCAUCAGCACAGCCAAGCGGAAAGGCAAAGGAAAAGAGGCUUUAGAUCUUGCUCCCGUGGAGAAAACAGAAGGCAGCUCAAUAACAAGUUUGCCUGGCAUGCGAGUGCCGGAACCAGUGUUCUUCUGUACUGUGGAAGUGGAAAGUGCGGCUCAUCAGCAAGCCCUGGACCAUGCACUAGCAUGUUUGGCCAGAGAAGAUCCCAGUCUUCGUGUUACCAGCGGAGAGGAUGAUGAGACAAUCUUGUCGGGUAUGGGCGAGCUGCACAUCGAGAUCAUUCAGGAUCGGCUGCGUAAAGAGUACAAGUGCAACGCUAAGCUGGGCCCUCUGCAGGUGGCGUACCGUGAGACCCUGGCCGCUCCGAUUCGACACUGUGUGACAAAGAAACUCAGUCACAACGGUCGCAACUUUGACGUCAAGCUGGAGCUGGAGCUAUCGCGUACCCCCGGUGACGAGUUCCGGGAGCUGGCCGAAAAGUCACUUGUAGAGUUGACGUUUGGGAAAACGUCCGAGCUACAUGCUCUGCUGACAGGCGAAGCCGGUGCUAUGCGGAUUGCUGCUCUGCGUGAAGGCAUGGAGCAAGGUGCACGCACUGUGGGCCCUUUGUUGUCGUUCCCUGUUCGCUGCAUUGACGCCAAGAUCACCGACUUAGACUGCAAGACAUGGAUGUCAAAUGAGCUGCUAACUCUAGCGGCGUCCAUGUGCUUUUCCGAGGCUAUGGCCAGUGCAGAAAUUCGUUUGUUGGAGCCAGUUAUGCAUCUGCAGAUUGUCCUACCUCCCAACCAUUUCACAACUGUUUUGGGUGACAUGACUGGCCCACGGCGUGGUGUUGUUGACGGUAUUAUCGAGGACGAUAUCGAUGGUAAUGUGCUGACUGCGUAUGCCCCACUGGACACUCUCCGGGGGUAUGCCAGCCACAUCCGUCGGCAAACCUCUGGCCUGGCAUCCUACUCCAUGACGUUCUCUCACUACGUGGCGGUAACACCCGAUGUUCAGAAGCAAGUUGUCAACUCAAUGCUCUUUCACGGUGGAGAUGUCCUGUGAGUCGCAUUGCCUGCACAGUGCGUACGAUUCUGUUAACAACAUAGCUCCGGAGAAGGUGCGGAGCGAACCCAUUGUUCGUGUGCUGUGGUCUGUGCUGGUGGAAGACCUGGCAUAUUCGCUGGUACGAACUGGGUUGCACCUCAACGGCUGGGCUGCACUGCCGUCCAUGUGUGGGGGUGCUCUGUUCACUUGUGUGAGUGAAUACCAAUACCCGGCUGAGCAGGCUGGAGACAUCAACCACUUGCAACACCAGUGCAACGGCUGAAUCAGCGGUAUGCCUGUGUGGACAUACACUCCAGUCACUCAUUUGGAUGAAUACAGCCUGGACAGGCUGGGCAGGCUAGAGAUAACGUUAUCACCCACAUACCACACUAAUGCAAUAGCUGAAUAGUGUACACCUGUGUGAAGCCUAGCGGGACCCCGGUGGUACUUAGACAUGGCAUAGCCUCGCCAGUGGAAAAGAGGGUGCUGGUGUCAGCGGUCAGGCACCAUUCCUUACCGGAGUCCAUGGCCAGUGGUGGUUGGCAUGAUGCAAGCCAGCUGCUUUAGCACACUUAUUUAUUCUAGACAUCAGCACAGACUGAGCAUUCAGACUAGCAAGCUGUGCACAGCUGCCACAUUUGAGCCAGUAGUAGCUCAUAUGUACACACACUCCACAGUCAGUGCUGGCUUUGCUCCCAGUGUGUGCUGGCUGGUCUGUGCACUGAACUGCAUUGAACUGCUGCUGUUCAAGCACUGCUCUGCUGUUCAAGCACUGCUCUGUGUGGGUGAUUGCCAGGAUUUUCCAGUCCCAUGCUAGCAGUAUCCUUAUAGGGUAUGGCUCCUAGGUAUUGUACCAGUGCAUGUGCAGAGUGAAUAAUGUUGCUGCAUUUCUUCAUCCUGCCUGUCUGCCUGGUGCGGCUGUCCUGCUACUGUGGUAGCUUCGACAUGGCAGCUGGACCUUUGAUUGAAUGCUGCUCUCCUAUUUAUGCUAUCAAUUGUUGCGCUGUGCUUGGGCGUGGAGAACAGGAUAGUGCUACUGCUGGCAGUAAUACUCCUCUUCCUUCUGCGUUCAUAUGAUCUUCACUUCUUUGUCGUCGGCUCCCUUUUCUGUUUUCUGUAUGCUGCCAUGUUUCAUGCUUAUUUUUUUAACUAUUUUUGCUGCACUGUUGUUGGAAAUAGGAGUUCUGGUAGAGCCAGAACAUUUCAACGACCCGUGUUUAGGCCGCGGUCACACCAAACAAGCCGUUUCCCGCUUGCGCUGAAAGUGGCUUGUGCUGAAUGGGGUGGUUGGUCACACCACUUCGCGAAAUCGGCUGGACUUUUUGUGUGCAAGAGUUUUUUUUCUUCCUGCUCAUUUUUGAAUAUGAUUUUCUCUUGUUUUCCCGUCCGCCUUCUCCAUGAUCCAGCACACUUCUUCAGUUCGUCCAAGAUCCACGCUCUCUUUCUGGUACUUUUUUUCAUAGUGGUCUCAUACUUGGUUUUUGUUUCAAACCAAAGCUCCAGUAGUCGCCGCUCCAGUGCUACUGUCCAGGAUUCCAUGAUGACCGACAAAAAGGCAAGGAGAGAAGUUUCACCAACAACGAAAGCCGGAAGGUGGCAGAACACGAUGCAAGCUGCAAGAUCACGCCAAGAUGCGCUUUGAACGAGUUUAUUUUUCCCGCCACUGUACUGCGCCAGAAUGGCUGAAAGUGGCUGAAUCCAUUCAGCGCUCCCAUUCAGCGCUUUGAAAACGGCUGACUGCUGAAAAAGGCUGAAGCCGAAAAUUCAGCCGUUUCCGUAGCGACGAUGACGUCAAAAAGCGCUUUUUUCCGCUGAAUGGCUGAAUCGCGCUUGGUGUGACCGCGGCCUUAGCUGCUGGCUGGAGUGAGAAUGCGCCAUGCUUCUCAGUUAAGCAACAAACCCCACAGCAGCCACUGUUUACUGAAGCACAUGUGUUUCAAUUUCGUAGGAGCUUCAUGCAGUGUAGGACGGGGACAUUUCUGCUAUCUUGUCUACAUUCUGUGAAGUGAAACUACUAAGUACUCA